AUGUUGGCUCCUGCGAUUGUCUUUCUUGGUGCCAUCUACUUAACCUUUCGCAUCCUGGGCUCCCUCCAUCAAGCUUACCACCAUCGCAAGAAGUCCAAAGCUCUCGGCUGCCAGCCUCCUAGAUCCGUCGAUACCGGUAUCCUCGGUAUCACUGGCUUCUAUCGCAUUGCAAAGGCGGCCAGGGAGAAACGAUGGGUUGAAUACAUUGCUGAUCACUACCAGACGAGUGGACCGACCUUCCGUCAGCAGGCCUUGGGAGGGCUCAUGGUCACCAACACUGUCGAGCCAGAGAACAUCAAGGCACUGUUGGCUACUCAGUUCCAGGAUUUUGGUCUCGGAACCCGGCAUCGCGAGUUCUACCCGUUGCUUGGAAAUGGUAUCUUCACCUUGGAUGGGCCGGGCUGGUCUCACGCGCGUGGCAUGCUGAGGCCGCAGUUCACCCGCGACCAGGUUGCUGAUCUCGACCUUAUGGAUGGCCACGUCACCAAGAUGAUGGACUUGAUUCCCAAGGAUGGGUCGACUUUCGACAUCCAGCGCCUCUUCUUCCUCUUGACCAUGGACUCGGCUACACAUUUCUUGUUUGGUGAAUCCGUCGGAUCCAUGCGCACAUCCACUGAGUCGAGUCUGCUGGAGAAGUCCACUGUUGGAAACGCCCAAGGGUUCGCUGAGGCAUUCAACCGGGCCCAAGAAUACCUGGUUUCGAGAUCCAGAGCCAUGGCAUUCUAUUGGCUUGUUAACCCUAAGGAGUUCCGUGAAGCGAAUCAGCUUGUACACGAGGUGGUCGAUCACUACGUGCGCCUGGCUCUGGAGGCAAAGCGUCAUCCCGAAAAGAAGGAGUCGGGCAGGUACAUCUUCGCAGAAGCCUUGGCGGAGGAUACCGAUGACCCGAGAGUGAUCCGUGACAACAUGCUCAACAUUCUGCUGGCUGGUCGCGACACCACUGCCAGUCUGCUCAGCUCGGCCUUUUUCUACCUAGCACGUCAUCCUAAUGUCUGGACCAAACUUCGCCAGACCAUCGUCGACGAAUUUGGAGACGCUAAACACCCCAACGGAAAGAUCACGCAUGCUAGACUGAAGGAUACUCCAUACCUGCGCUAUUUCUUGAACGAAGUCCUCCGUCUCCUCCCCCCUGUGCCUCUAAACUUCCGUGUCGCCGCCAAAGAUACUUCGUUGCCAUUGGGUGGUGGGUCCGACGGGAAGGCCCCGGUCUACGUGCGCAAGGGAGAGCUUGUGUCGUACAGCGUAUAUGCAAUGCACCGUCGCACCGACUUAUACGGCCCGAAUGCCCAUGCAUUCCGACCAGAGCGUUGGGAAGAGAACAGCAAGCGGGGUUGGGAAUACCUUCCAUUCAACGGUGGUCCACGCAUUUGUCUUGGACAGCAAUACGCACUCACUGAAGCCAGCUACACCAUGGUAAAACUGCUACAAAGGUACAACAGAAUUGAGAAUGCCGACCCUGAUAUGGUGGAGCCGAUCAUCAACUCCAGUCUCACGCUGUCGCAUGACCGUGGUGUCCAUAUUCGGUUGUUUUCUUCGUAAUUUGCCAGCACUGCUGGAAUCUAACCACACCAAUGGUUGUUCAAGCCGCCGGAUGGCUACGACUUCUUUGCAUGAUGAUGAGCUACACUUUUCAUGCCUCGGGACAUUCCCAGAAAUGACUACAUAUACUAACCUGGAUAUUUUAAUAUGAUGAGACUUUACACUACAUACAUCUUCAAGUGCUAUUUCUAGUAGCUCGGUGAUACUGUGGUGGAGACAACAAAGCAGCGUUGAU